AUGUCUCUAUUUCGUUUUCUUUCGAGUAAAGUGGGUACUGGCUCAGGUUCAGUUGCCGGUGCUCAUACUGUAGCUAAUACAUCAUCACACGGAGCUGUUACCGGUGGUCAUGGUCAUGACUCACAUGCUGCGCCAUGGGAAGGCGUUAAUCUCUGGCGUACACCAUUCAAAGGUGAUACUGAUACCGUUACACAAGUAAAACGUACUAAAGGUGUACUUGAUCGAUACGUUGAGAAUCGUAUUCGUCGUAUGCAAGAAAUGCAACUUUUUGCUUUGCGCAACAAGGCUACACCUACUUGGGUUAUGAUGCCAAAAGAUAAAAUUCUUCUCGCAGCACAAGGUGUCAUAGUUGUCUAUGUUCUUUAUCAAGUUUCUACAACUAUAUACAAUCAUUUGAAAGCGAAAGAUCGUCUUAAAUUGGUCAAAUUAUUUUACAAAGACAAUGUUAAUUAA